GAAGGACAUCUUUGCCUGUGUGCGUCAGUUAGGCAUCCCGACGUGGUUUUGUUCGUUCUCGUCUGCAGACCUGCGCUGGCAAACCUUCUGACCAGCAUCCUGAAACAGGAAGGCAGAGUGCAGACGGUGGAGGAUUUGGAGUGGGCAGACAGGUGUGAGUUGUUGCGGCGUAAUCCAGUUACUGCGGCCAGGAUGUUUGAUUACAGGUGGCAUUGUUUUCUGAAAGAGGUUCUCAUGUCUCCUUCUGAGCCAAUUGGCCGAAUCAUCGAUCACUUCUACCGUGUUGAGUUUCAGCAGCGCGGUUCUCCUCAUGUUCACUGCUUGUUCUGGAUCGAGGGCGCUCCUAAAAUUGACCAGAACACAGAUGAGGAGGUGGUCGAGUUUAUUGACAAGUAUGUAACGUGUGAGCUGCCCUCAGACGACGACACAUUAUUGGACAUUGUGUCGUCGGUUCAAACACAUUCCAAACGACACUCAAAGUCUUGUCGGAAGAACAAGACGACGUGUCGUUUCCAUUUUCCAAAACCUGCUUCUACACGUACAUUCCUUUGUAAGAUGAAGGAAUGUCGCUGUGACAAACAGAAGCUGAAGGAGGCCCAGAAGAAUCCUGAUUCAGAGAACAAGCUGGUCUGUAAGUGUUUUGAUGGCGAUAACCCGAUGAAGAAGGACGUUGCAAAGGAGAUUUUGGCGUCUGUGAGCAAAGCUAUCAGGGAGGAGGAGCCGUUUGAUAGUGUAGAGGAGUUGUUUGCCAGUCGACACAUCAACCAGGAUAUCUUUGAAAUGGCCUACAGGAGGUUGGAGAAGAAGACCAAGGUUGUGUAUAGGAGAGGGUUGAAUGAGGUGUGGGUAAACCAGUAUAGUAAGAAGCUGUUGAAGUGCUGGAACGCUAACAUGGACCUUAGCUUUGUCACCGACGCCUACGCCGUAAUUGUUUACAUCAUUUCCUAUAUUACGAAAGCAGAGAGAGAAAUUGGACUACUAUUGAACAACGCCCAAAAAGAAGCAAACAAAGAAGGAAACCUCUCUGCUCGAGAAGCCCUGAAGAAGCUGGGCAGUGUAUAUUUACACAACAGGGACGUUUGUGCCCAGGAGGCGGUGUAUAGGCUAACCAACAUGCACCUGAAGGAGUGUUCCAGGAAGGUGGUGUUUGUUCCAACAGGGGACAACAUCGUGAGGAUGAGUUUACCCCUCCAUGUCCUGAAGGAGAGGGCGUCAUCACAUGAUCUGAGCUCAGAUGAUGUGUGGAUGACCAGCAUAGUGGACCGGUACAGGAACAGGCCUGAUGGUGGUGUGUUUGACGACAUGUGUAUGGCCACGUUUGCUUCGGAGUAUCGUGUUCUCACCAGGAAUGAAAUUUCUCCAAACAGAAUCGAGUUGAAGAACAAACUGGGCUUCAUUUUGAGGAGAACACGUUCUCAGUUUUCAGUUGUCCGCUACAUGCGUUUCAACUUGAACAAACAACGGGAGGCUUAUUUUCAGGGUGUGCUUCAGUUGUUCCUUCCUUAUAGAAGUGACUCAGAGCUCAAGCCCGAGGGCUUCCAGCUCUUUGAACAGUUCUAUAACGACGGUGAGGUGACGUUUGGCGACGGCUCCAUCCAUAGAGUCAAGGUGGUGGUGGAUGAGAACAGGGCCCGGUUUGAGAUCGAUCCUGAGAACCUGGAGCGUGCUGAGGAGAUUGCUCAUCAGGUCCACGGCCUUGAGGAAGACGCUUGGGGGAACCUGUGUCCUGAACAGGAACUGGAACGUGACGAGUGUGCUGAAGAGUUGAGAGAGCAACAGGCAGCAGAGAUAGCUGGUGAGCAGUUGGUGGAGGGUCUGGAGAACGUUCCAGAUCUGCAGGAACGUGGCCGACAGGUGGCCCAGUUAGAGAGGAACAGGCUGGUGUUGUCUCGUGCUGAGGGCUUAGCUCUAGUUAGGUCUCUGAAUGAGACACAGCGGGCUGUUUUCUACCAGGUGAGGCAGUGGUGUCUGCAGAAGUUGCCUCCCGUUAAAGGGAAGCCUCUGUAUAGCAGUCAGGUGGGUGUGGACCUGUGGUGCCACUUCAGUGUGGUGCAGCUGACCACGGUGGUGAGGCAGAAGGACAGCGUGUUUGCCGAGUUGCUCAACAGGUUGAGAGUGCGUUCCAGAGACACCCCCAUGUUAGAGAGUGACGUCCACAUCCUGAAGAGCUGUGAGACGGGCGAGGAGAGCUCAGCCUUGCACAUUUUCCCCACCAACGACUUCAUGAAACAACAGGAGUACGGGGAAGCUGGAGUUGAUGGCGGGCAUCACAGUGCGGCGUUGGACACAUCCUUAGAGGAGACUCUGAGUCUGGGUCCAGACGCCCGUGUGAUGCUGUGUAAGAACGUGGACGGGAAGACGGUCUGGUCAACGGAGCAUGUGGCACAGUCACUCAUAUCCAGUUGA